UAUAGACAUUUUUAAAUCGUACAAUUUCGAUGCGCUUAUGGGUAUGAAGAGGAAGAUGACGUGGAAAUCGAUGAUCGUUUCGAGUUGUUACAAGGCGGAGUCCGACGACGGCGACCGGCACCGGGUUUCGAAGAAAGGUUUGUCGCAGAGGCUGUCGCUGUCGGACGCGAGUAACCCGAGCUCGCCCUUGUCGAUCGACGACCUCUCCAAUUCUCUCGUCGGACCCAAGCUUCAUGUUUUCUCAUUCGCCCAACUUCGAACCAUCACUCACAAUUUUGCCUCGUCGAAUUUGCUUGGAGAAGGCGGGUUCGGUCCGGUCUACAAAGGGUUUGUCGAUGAUAAGAUUAAACCGGGUUUGGAGGCUCAGCCGGUCGCCGUUAAAUUGCUCGACCUCCACGGAUCUCAAGGCCAUAAAGAAUGGCUGGCAGAGAUAAUAAUUUUGGGUCAAAUGAGGCAUCAAAAUUUGGUGAAACUUAUCGGUUAUUGCUGGGAAGAAGAGUACAGGCUUUUGGUUUAUGAGUAUAUGGCGAGACGCAGUUUAGAAAACCAGCUUUUUAGAAAGUAUUCAGCUGCUUUGCCUUGGUCAACCCGGAUGAAAAUCGCUUUAGAAGCUGCCAAAGGCCUUCAAUUCCUUCACGAAGCCGAUCCUCCCGUUAUAUUUAGAGAUUUCAAAACCUCCAAUAUUCUUCUCGAUUCUGAUUAUACGACGAAGCUGUCAGAUCUUGGGUUGGCUAAAGAUGGUGUUGACUGCAAAGACCAACCAGACAUGACUUGUAUUAUGGGCACUCGAGGCUAUGCCGCUCCCGAGUACGUCAAAUCCGGCCAUUUGACGACGAUGAGUGAUGUGUACAGUUACGGAGUUGUUUUGCUAGAGCUGCUGACGGGGAAGCCGUCGAUGGACCGAAACACGGGCGAGUUUCUAGUGGACUGGGUCAAGCCACUUCUAAAGGACUCAAAACGGCUCUGCCGAGUCAUGGACCCAAGGCUUGAGGGGCUGUACUCGGCCGAUGGCUCUCGUAAGGCUGCUGCCUUAGCUUAUAAAUGUCUCAGCCGCAACCCCAAGAGGCGACCACCAGCGACGGAAGUCGUUAACGUGUUGAAGUCCUUGCAGGACUUUAAUGACGUGUUUACGGCGCCGUUUGUGUACGUGGUGGAGGAUUGCUGCGUGGAGGAGGGGAAGAAGGAAAAUGGGCUUGGGCUUGCUGGGCUGGGCUGGAAAAACUGGAGGCCCAUAUCUGUAUGAUAUUAUAGAUUUAAAAGAAAUUAUUGGGAUAAAAUAAAUCCCUAUAAAAUCUAGUUAUUUUUAUUUUUAAUUUUUUUGUAAUUAAGCUUCUUCUUGAUAUUUGGUAGAAAUCAAGAGGUGGUGGGAAAAUGUUUAUGAGAAAUAUAUGGAAUACUUGUAC